CCAUACCCAUGCACUUAUUCUGAUUGUCCGUGUGUAUUCAAAACUUGGAAUGCUCUUCAUAGUCAUUUAAGCAGGUCACAUAUUAAUCAAAGUGUUGAAAAAUGUGUUACUUCAGCUACAUUUAACUGUCAGUUGUGUACAAGCACCUGCAUAGGAUCAGCACAAGAGUAUUUUAGUCACAUAUAUAACCAUCUCAAGAGCCAUGAAACGGUGAAUUGUAUGUUUCAGGGCUGCUGUUUCCAGACAAAUAUUUAUGGUACUUUCAAGUCCCACAGAAAUAGAAAACACACUCCAUAUUCUCUUCAAGAUUUUAAAGUAGGUAUUGUAAACACUAGUGAAGCAGAACAUUUAGCAGAAGGUGACAUUGGUAAUUCAGCUCAUAGUGGGGAGUGUGAUGUUGAUUCUGAUAGUGAUAUAGAAACUGAAACAAAAGAACAACAUUUAUCUAAGACUAUAGAACUGAAAUUAGCAUCUGAUCUUACUGUUGUUAAUCUAGCACAGAAUGUAUCUGCUGAUGGCAUCAACUUCAGAAGUGGCAUGAUAAUAGUGCAUGGAUUUGUUGGUGGACUGCCAGACUUUGCCGAAAUUGUGCAGAUGUGUGUUUUAAAAGAUGGGCUUGCCUUCAUAGUAAAAAAAUUAAGCUCAUGGUACAGAGAACACUACAGAUCCUUCGAGUUGGAUCCUUCUCCAAGGGAUGUUUGUGUGAUUGAACUGAGUCAACUUGUGGAUCGUUACCCCCUCUGUGAUUACAAAGUUGGCACUCUCCGGAUGGUUACUUUGAAAAGAUACAUACAUUCUUCAGGUAAUAAAGUAGUAGUAGUUUUUCUGACUAACACAAACUUACACAAUAUGUUUAGAUACCUUUUUUUCUCCUCUGUACAUCCACUGGUUCUUUUGAUACUGGUUAGAAUCUCGUGUAGCUUGGCAUACCUCUGUCAAAGUGAAAAAUCAAAUCUCACAGUUUAAAAGUUGUCUUAUAUAUAAAGUGAAUUGUGUGUAUUUGAAAUACAUUUUAAUUUAGAAAUUGCAAGGGUUGAGAAAGAUCUACCUGAUCAGUGUUUAAUGAAACCUUUUAGCUCUUGGUUGAUUUAGUUGGACAGUAGUGGAGACAGAACAAAGCCUUUUAUUUUUUAUUCAUAUAGUGCAACACAGGGUAACAAACUUGGUUUACUUACUCUUAUGACUUAGCCUACUUUGUAAAGAUGUCACAAUAACCUGUUUGUAGUGGUGCUCUGCUCUGUUUUAUACUAAUUUUCUUUCUCUUUCAGAGUAGGAGUCUGAUUUAAAGGUACGCACGAUGUCUACUCCAGCAAAGCUUCUGAUUGUCCUUGGAGCAGAUAACUGUGUGAAGCUCACUUUGACCUCUGGAAUCCCGGACUCUGUGGACAGUCUUAAAUUUGAGAUUCAAAAACAGUGUGGAAUUGAAGGAGAGUUCAGACUGCAGUACAUGGACAAUGAUUUUGACCAGUUUAUGAACCUUACUUCAACAACAGAUAUCCAAGACAAAGGAACAGUAAAAGUGAUUGUACCAAGUGAGCAGUCAACACAGGCACCCAGUCAUAUGCCAUUCACACCUUUUCAGGGGAUGGAUGAUUCCUCUGCAGACACUGACAUACUUUCAUCCUCUGAGUCAACCACUUCAACCUCAUCUCCAACCUCGUCACUAAGAAGCCAAGGCUGGCCACGCAGCUUCCCUGUUCCUCCGUUCUCCUAUGAAGUUGAGAUGCAGCUGUCAAAGGCAGAGAGGCAAGACAGAGAGAGUCUUGAGAAGGAACGCAUGGAACUGCUAUCUGAGAUCAAGAAAAGGAACAACCAUCAGGUGAUAAAAGAGAAAAUGGAGAAAACCUUUGCUCAUCGGCGGUAUGAAGUGGUUCAAAGCAUGCCCUUCAUCGCAGAAUUCAAAAGUAGAUGGCCGGCUCUUUUUACAGAACAUGAGGUAAGCGCUGAGUUCAUGCGGAUAACCACCAUCCCACUCAUCCCAAAGUUUAUGUCGCAGCUGGACCACUACUAUGACAAGUUGACUAGAGUGCUCCGAAAGAAAGGAGGAGCAGCAGGUCGCAGAAUAACAGACAUUAUUGCUGUUAUUGACCAGAACGACUCCAUCGAAACAAGGAGAGCUUGCAGCCUCCAAGCAGUAGCUUUGUAUCUCAAUGAAGACCCCAAAGAGCUAGUGAAGGAAUACGGAAGUGAGACACCUGAUGAAACCCAGAGAGAAUUGGACCAGACGGUCAUCGGCAUCUAUGUGAUAAAACAUCCAAGUGCAGAACUUCCAGAAGAUGUGGGCAUCAUCGUUGAAGGUGUACAGGUGCUCUCUGAAAUCAAAGAUGUCGCCACUGCUUGUGCCUUACUGUUCGGUACCAUCUACGACCUGAACCUGAGCUAUCCAACUGACCUCAGGUACACGUUUGAAUUCAUUCAAAAGAUCCUGAUGGAGCUUGAUACACACAGGCUUUCAACCAAAAUCCAGGUACUCAAAAACAAACUGCUGGAAUGAAUGCAUGAAGCUGUGACAGUGUUGUGACCUGGAGGCUAUUUAUUACAAAUCCGUGUAUCAUUCGUUCUUUCCAUUUUCAAUUGGCAAUCAAAAAUCAAAUAAUAAAAAAUGUACAGUUUUUUUUAUU